AUCUCUCCAGAUCCCGACCUCCGGUCGCUCUCCGCCCCUCCCCGGCCGCCAUGCGGAUCCGCAGGUCCGCCUCCCGCCUGCUGGGCUCUACCGCCGCCGCUGCUGCCUCCUCCUGCCCGAAGCCGGAGCCGCCCCGAUUCGAGCUCCCCCGAUUGGAGCCGCCCCCGCCCCCGCCGCCAGCCCCAGCCAACGAAUCCGGCGCCGGGUCCGUGGGGCCCAAGACCUCCUCCUGCGGGGAGCCCUGCUGCGAGCUCAGCCGGUCGCCAUGGGACCUCAUGGCCCAUCUCGACCUCUCGGAUCCCCAGGUGGAGAAGCUCUUCGUGGAGACUUGCUUCAUGAGUGUUUCCUGGCGAGGUAGCUGGCUCUUCCCAUCAAGCAUUACCAUGCCUACUGGCUCCAUCAAGGAGGAGGAAGACUUGGCCGUAGAUAUGGUUGACGGGGUCAUCUUGAAACUGCACAAAGCUGCGGAAAAGAUGGAGAGCAUGAAGAAUCAGAGCAAGCACAAGACAAAUAAGGGGCUCAAAGUGAAGAAAGGAGCGUGGACGUGCAGAAAGAAUGACGGCAAGAGGUGGUGCUGCCGGCGGCCUGUGAGUGAGCCCAACUCCUACUGCUCGUACCACUCAGAUCAGAAGCUCCCCAUCGGCGGCAAACCACGUAGGAAGAGGACAGACAUCGACCUAGGCGAGGGGUUCUACUACUAUGCGGGGUUCGGCCCCGGCACCAAGAGGCGCCGGACGUCAAGCAGCGACAGCGUGCCGGAACCUCCACUGCGUGCUGAACCACUGAAAGAGGAGGCACCAGACGAAAUGCAACUUGAUUUUAGUGCAGGUCAGGUACAGGCAGCGAAUGAAUCAGACCAUCAAGUGGUGCUACCGCCAUCAGCAGACAUUGUCGACGAGCCUGGCACCGCUGGGAUGUCGGCCUGUGACAAGGCGAGCAGUGAUGAUGACGUGCCGGAACCUCCACUGGCUGCUGAACCACCCAAAGAGGAGCCACAGCCCGAAAUGCAACUAAAUUUCAGUGCAGGUCAGGCACAAGCUGAUGACUCAGACCAUCAAGAAACACCGGCAUCAGUACGUGUGGUCGACAAGUCUGCGCGCAAAGACGGCACCGCUGGGAUCGCUGGCUGGGAUGAGGAGAGCAGCGAUGACGAAGCGCUUGGCUGCAAUGACGAACAACCUCACGACAUCACCAAGAGGAAGAGCGCUCUCAAGAAGAGGUGGAGGAAGCCUGUGAAAGCCCGAUCGCUCAAAUCACUGAUGAUGUCGUAGUGCCUGACUCUCAUUGGUUUAGUAGUUAGCUCAGCUUAGUCUGCUCCAGUUUUGGUGCUGAGUUGCAAGGUACAUAAACUGUUUGUAGCAUCUUUUGUGUGUGUGGAUUGUACUGUUUUGAUGCGUUUGGUUGAAGGUGUCGUAUGAAUGGGUUGGGACCGUUCAAUUUUUUUGGGAUUGAACCAUUCAAUUCAUGUGUUUGGCUGAA